AUGGAGGCUUCAGUAGCCCACCGGCCAUGGGAAGACAGCCGGUCUGCGCCCAAUACCACCAACGGCCACAACGGCAGCCAGACCACCAUCACCACCCUCCCGUCCAUCUCGACCUUGACGGCAGCCAUGCAGGUCGACAAGGCGCCUAUCCCCGUCGCUUCUGGUGAGAAAUCACCUGCCCAGGCCUCCAUGAACACCCUCGAACGAGACUCGGGCACCUGGUCAAUGCCUCAGAGUACCCGCUCGUCGACGUAUUCUAGCACCACAAACAACACCAAUGGCUACCACCAGCACUCCUUUCUCAUGUCCUCGCAACAGUCGCCCAAUCGGCUUUCAGGUGUCUCUGAGCCUCCUACUGCUACCACUGCGGUCUCCUCGCCGGUCUCCAGCCAUGCCUCGCCAGGCCAGAACCCGGUCCUGCCAUCCAUUAACCAUACCAUGGACUCCCACCAGCAGCAACAGCAGCAGCAAGGCCAGCGACAGGACUACACAGAGUCACGACGCAGCAGUAUCGACAGCCGCAUGAAUCAGGGUAUCUCCGCCCUCCAGAUCAACCCUACUUCGCCAUACCAUAGCACCAAUGCGUCUCAGACCUCAGUCGUCUCCGGCAUGCCACGAGACCGCAUGAGCUACUCACACCACUCAACAACCUCGUCUCGCUUCCCCCCAGGCCAAUCGGCUAACCAUCAGCAACCUCUCUCACCCUUAGGCCCUCGCUCACAGGAUCACCGCAGCCAAUUCCCCGCCGGCCGCACUGCACCGCCCAUCUCCUCCAAUCCUCGUCCGGAAGAGUUCCACGCUGAUUCUCCCAAUCCGGUGCCUGGGCAGGCCUAUGCAUUCCCGGAUCCAAGCUUCAGUCGAGCGUCCACCAUUUCCGCGCAGACGGACAGACCGUCCAACCAGUUCACGAGGAGACAUUCCACUGCCGAAUCGAUGAACAGCAGCAUCUAUACCACUGAGUCGAGACUCCCAGCCGGGCAGCAGGGCACUGUCCAUCACCACUCUCUUCAACACCGACAGGUCCGUAAUAUAAUAGGGGAAGGCGACCCCAACGGUGCUACGCCCUACAGCCGCACACCCGAACUCCGCGUGACGCACAAACUCGCCGAACGCAAACGACGCAGUGAAAUGAAGGACUGCUUCGAAGUACUCCGCGCCCGUCUCCCGUCUUCCCAAAACAACAAAUCAAGUAAAUGGGAAACCCUCACCCGAGCAAUCGACUACAUCAACCAGCUCGAGAAAACUGCUUCUCAGUCCCGUGCCGAAUCGAACCAGCUACGCAUGGAGCUAGAGGAGAUGCGCGCGCAGCUGAGUCAGGUCCAGUCCCACCCACAACAGCAACCAGGGCAGCCACAGCAACAGCCACCUCUUACUCGACGAGCCAGCUUUGAACCAUCGUCAUUAGGACAGCAACAGCAGCAACAGCCUCAGGCAAUGCAAGUCAACGGUAACGGAGGCCUAACUCCGCCUCCGAACCCAGGCACGUUGUUCCAGACCCAUGGACAUGUUCAGCCUCACCAUAGCCACCAUGCACAUCACCCGCAGCUGCCGGCCGCACCACCACCAACACAUAGCCACUACUCCCCCACGGCCAGCGUGCCUACGACAACACAUGCCUCGCCGGACCCAUCGCGGACGCUACCGCCGCUAAUGAACGGAUCCCUGGCCCCCAUGCAGGGUGUCCAAUAUACAGACGAGCGGAGAUAG